UCACACAGAGAACCCCUCCCUUCCUCCCAUUCACUCCUGUGCAGGGUUUCAGACUGAAAGGUAAAAGAUGCGAAUUCACACUGCGACUUGUACACAGUGAGCGGACAGUGGAGCAGGAGGCUGCUGUCUCUGUCUGAUCUGCUUCAUGUGUUGAGGACAGCUUCACUCCACUGCAUCUGACUGUCUGCAGUUUUGUACUGGAGGGCAUCUGCAACGAAAAUGACAAACCAUGACGGUGAAGAAGGGCUUUGAGGGUGACAACACAGCAUGAUAACAUCCAUUCACACUCCAGUAUCUCCAGUGGGCGGAUUGUGAGGCCCAGUCGCCACGAUGCGAUGUGUGUAAGGGACCGGCGGUGGUGUUGUGGCCCCAGGCGGGAUGCUGCUGACAGCUGGCAAGUAUGACUCUGCUGGACUUGUGGCUGUCGCGCUCCAUCCCCAUGUGCCUGCUCCUUCAGAGCCUUGUUCUCAUGGCCCUGUGCUUCCCUUCGGCCAGCAUGUGUCCAAAGGGCUGCAUGUGCCAACGCGACCCCCACCUCCACGGCCUCAACGUUACCUGCAGUCAGUCCCGCCUCAAAGAGAUCCCUCCCAGCCUGCCGGUGGACACCGUCCUGCUGAGGCUGGACCACAACCAGAUAGGGGCCGUCCCCGAUCAAGCCUUCCAUGGACUCAGGCUUUUGAGGGAGCUCAACCUCUCCUACAACGCAGUGGAAACUUUAGGGGAAGGUGCCUUCAGUGGCAUAGAGGGGACUUUACAGGUGCUGGAUCUCUCCCACAACCGCAUCACUAGCGUACACAAGGAUGCCUUCGCUCGGCUGAAGGCCCGCAUCAUUGUGGAUGACAACCCCUGGCAUUGUGACUGUGCCCUACAGCAGGCCAUCGGAGGAAUGGCUCACAACCACGAGGCUGCUGCCCGGGUUCUCUGCAGGAGCUCAGAGCUCCGUGAUCAGGAGGGACGACCCUUCUUGGCUGUGGAUACUGACCUCUGUAACCUGGCCAAAAGGACAACAGACUAUGCUAUGCUGGUGACCAUGUUCGGAUGGUUUGCCAUGGUCAUUUCUUACGUAGUGUAUUAUGUACGUCAGAACCAGGAGGACGCCCGGCGCCACCUGGAGUACCUCAAGUCUCUGCCCAGCAAGCCCAAGAAACCUGACGAGGCGGAUGACAUAAGCACUGUUGUCUGACAGCAGUGUCGUCAGGACUGUGUCCACCACAAACGUAAUGAACACCAAAAUGUUUAUGUAACAGGACCCACAUUUCUAGUGUUUACUAUUUAGAACUUUUAGGUGAUGUGAGCAUCAAAAUCUUUGUAUUUUGAAAACUUUGUUGUAUGUCUUUAUCAGGGUUUGUUCAUGGCUGAUCUGAGAUGCGAUGAGGAGGGAGGCCACACCGACAUCGUCUUUUCUACAAAACAAAUACUUAUGGAGUUUUAAAAAUUUGAAUCUCAGGUUUAAAUAUUGACAUGGUAAUGGUUUUUUUAAAUGACAAUUUGGAAUAUCAGAGGAAAAAAAAUUUAUAAGACAUGACACCCUACAGCACCCUUUUUGGAAAUCUCAAAGCCCACAAUGAGAUGUAUAUAUAAUAAUUUUAUGAACACUUGCGAAACAAAUGUUUUGAAUUUUACAUUCCCCAUAAAGUCAAAUUUUAAAUAUAUAUCUGCAUUUAGAGUUUCUGCAGAGAAAUUCCUUAUUUCUGAAUCCAUGGCAUGCUAAUAUGAUCCAUAUAUAGUGUGAUGUUGCUAUGGCAUGCAGAUAUGGGAUAUAAAAUAGUCUUAUCUUUGAGCUUGCCUUGGACCGUGGUGCUCUGUUAGAUACAGACAGACUGCUUUCACAACACUGUCAGGUAGACAAAAUUUCACUGAAACAAAUUUAGUAAACCGUCUUGCAUCUGGCUGUGGAGAACACUGGAUUCUAUGGAGGCCCACUUCUGCCUGGAAAAAGCCAAAAACAAACAACAAAAAAGAUUUUGUAAAACAAGGUCAAAAUCAUUUUUAUUUAGAUUUGUGUUGGAAUUUUGACUCAGUAAAACACAAUUUUGACCAACCAGUAGUAUUAUUAUAUUGGACAUUUGUGUCAUUUAUGUCUUUGUUUUUUUGGCCAGGCAGUGCUGCCAUUUUUGUCCAAUUUUGAUUGGCCAGAGGUAUUUAUUUGGAUGGCGUACUAGAUAACUCUCAUGUAGCAUCCCCACUGGUGUUUUCAAUGAGUUCAAUUGGCACUGAUGAAUCACUGGCUGUUUUGUCUCACUAGGCUACAGGUUUUUCCAGUUGCUGUACAUUAAAUUAUUUACUGCUCUAAAAUUAGUAACAAACAGGCAAAAAAAACAAUAAUACUUUUUAGGUAGGAUAAUCCACUCUAGCCUGUGCUGAUCUGCUACCUGAUGGCAAGUUUUUGUUAAAAAAAUAAAUAAAAAGAUAGGGCAGCCUAUUGUGAGCCUCAUUCCACAAAUAGCUGCGUAUUUAAUUGUUAUUACUUAUACCAGAUAACUUUGUUUUGAAAAGAAACAUUUGCUACUUUAAUGACAUAUCACAUAGGCAAAACAUAUGUAGUUUUAAUGCAUUACUUGAAAACAAAAAACCUUCAUUACUAUAAUAACGUAUAAACAUAGUGCAUUCAACUUCCAUAUUAUGCUACGAGAUAAAGAUGUUAAUUCCUGAACAGAAAACAUGGUAGCAGAAAUUGCCUCAUUCGUGUGUACUACAGUAACGUACAGCGACACAAGCAGCCAUGACAUCUUGAUCAUAGUUGGUUCUUUGCUAAAAUGCAUCUCUCCAACUGCAAAAGUCCACAUGGAAGAAGCUCUAGAUGUUUAGAAUGUUAUUUUGCUCAACUGCAUCACUUUCAGUUAGCAUGUACUAAAAGCAUUUAGACUUUAUAAACUGUACAAGUGAUUAAAGAGUUUUUUUUGCCCAGACUUUUGCCUGACAAGCAACACAAGUUACUUACCUGCAUUGAGGAGGUUGCUGGAGCUGUAUCCAACAUGUAAGAAAAACUGUAAACUUUUUUCAGGUUUCAUCCAGUUCCUUCACAUUUGCAGGUAAAGACAUGUCUUAGUUGCUAUUAUUUACAUGAAAUGAUCCGAGAACUGAUGGCCAUUCAAAGAUAGUGCAUUUGUUGUGUAACCCAUGCUUAUACAAGAGUAAUAUUUUUUAACAUCUAGGAUUAAUUACUGGGAUAUUCCAUUGAAAUGCAACAAAGACUUAAUUGUGAAAAGCUUAAUGAGCAGUUUUACACACCACUUAUGAAAUCAAAUCUAUGCCCUUGUAGGUUAUAAAAUAGAAAUGACUUUAGUGUGCAGUAACAACAGGAAUAUGCCAUUAGAACAUGAAAGUGUCUUGUUAAAACGGUCUCGGCUCAGAGACUGAGAAAAUCAUUUUGUCAUGGUAUCAGCAGUGCGCUGCCUGCCAGUCCAAACUGCACAGGUCAGACUGUGAGUCACUACUUCACAGCUCAUCAUCCACAAACACAGCAAGAUCUUUAUGUGUUAUUGGAGAAUAAAGAUGAGCGUGGUCAUUAUCUGUGAAAGGUUGCCCUGGCAAAAUGUCAAAUAAUCAGCUGUCUAUAAUUCUGUCGAAGAAAAGUUUAACAGCGUAUAAAAAUGAAUGUUUAUUUAGACAAAAGUGCAAUGGUAAACCAACCACUAAAUUAAUGUUGAAUUCAUCAAAUGUAGACUUCCUUAAUGCACUUUGUAAUCACUUCAGACAUACACAUAGACCCAAUCCAAAAAAUAAACAGCCACACAGGCCACAUGUUUUUAAUAUAUGCCUGUAUUUGAGCUACUUUGGAGUUAUUAAACUCCUAUAAACCAGUGUCUGUCAUACAAUGCAGUAUUCCACAUGUUCAAGUGGAAAGCUAUCUGUAGCGUUUUACCAUCAGUUUACCAUUGGUACAGCAUUUUGAGAUUCCCCGGUCUGUCUUUAAGGUUACGCCAGUCUUCAGUCCUUCCAAAGCACAGCUGAAGUGCACAAACUGCCAUUCUACUGUGUCAACAUGUGUUCACUUCAUGUCGUGUAUCGGUCUCAUUAAAGUCCGUGCCAGCUUGGCAUCAGAUCGUAAAUAAUGCUCUGCGAAAUGUAUAUUCAUGUUUUAUUUGUUCAGAGGUAAACACUAAAAGCUAGAGAUUAGACUUAACUUGUGGUGAUCAAAAAACUCUGCGACUCUUAUCAGAUUCUGAUUUAAAUGUUGCUAAGUCCUGAUUGGCGUUUGGGAAUGUGCAACAUCACCUUCUGCCAACUGAGCCUCUGUUUGCAGGACACCCCAUCACAUGUACAAAAAAGAUGAUUGGAAAAAUACGUUUUCAGGGCCUUGAAAUGCAGCUGAUGCAGUUGUAUCCAACCUUUUCUGCUACUUUACACAUCCGAUAAGCCGACCUUCACAGACACCUCACACUAUGAUUAGCAUGUGGUGGGUGUGAAUGUCUUCCUGGAGAGAGUGUCUGAAAAUGUGGACUUUUAUCCCCACUUUUCAGUGAUCUUGCAUCUCACCACUUUCUAUGAAGGCUGGCUUUUCAUCCAAACAUCAUCCGAAGGUGGUCAUUCAAACCAAUUUUACACUUUUGACUUCCGAUGUGUUUGGAGGACACAUCGCACAAACCGUUUCCAUUCUUGUUAAAUGUGGCCCUUUCUUGGCCUUUUCAGAUAUUUGAAGGAUACAACCAGUGUAUUCUGUCUCUUCUGCAGAAUGUCAUCUGCCAAGUACAAGCAUAUUUGUUACAGGAAACUGAAUAAAUUUCACUUUUAAUAAAUUCAGUUUAAUUUCUAGGAUAAUUAUGCCUCGAGAUGGUGAGCUGCAAGAAAACGGUGUCCCAAUAUAUCCACUGGUUCAGAAUAUGAAUGUGAAGGAACUACAGUAUAUCCUUGGUAAUAGACUGUAUUUGAUGAAAACUCUGAAUGUUAGAGGGUACGAGAUAAGUAGAUAUUUAAUAUCACUUUAAAAUGGAUCCCGAAAUUGAGCCUAGAAUGAGUGAGUUAAGUGUUGACCCUGGGACAAAAAUCCAAUUACUUCUCUUUUCCAGAGGUUUUGACUAUGUCGCGGUCUUCAUUGAUGGAUGGAGUUUGUUCAUUUGUCUAGGAGUUGGCUGAAUUGUUUUCAUAUUACACAAGUAUGGAACUUUGAUCAUGUAACAACAGGUUUUUCUCCUGGUACUUUUUGGAGAAAAAAAAAGUCAGCCCAGCGUAAGGCAGGGAUGCACAGUGCUAAAUAAUGUGGACCAGUAGAAGAAGUCCACUGGGACUCAUUAGCCAGAGUUCCAGGGAUUUUACUCUCGGAACAAACAAUUCUCCACACUUUAACUCUGUUUGGCACCGCUUAAUGAAAGAGCUUCUCUGCAUGUAACAUCCCAAACAACAUUGGCAAGUGGCAAGUAUCACAACAGUUAAACAGCAAGAAUCCAGGACACAAGACUGAGUCCACAGUAAGUUGACAAAUUCGCUGUCAGUGCACCCAAAAUAAAACACAUCACAUCACUGUCUGUGAAGACACCAGAUACAAUUUAAAAUUAUCAGCACACAUCAUUCCCAUACAUAUUCGUAAGUAAGGAACCUCAUCUACUUUCUAUAAGGUGCGUUAUCAUCCAGUCUGAUCACUGAUAAAACAGAAGGUAGUCCUGAUUACACGGCGACCUCUGUAGUCUUGUGAGUGGAUUCGUGUAAAUUCUGAUGGGGAAUUUGCAUGCACUGAACAAAAUGGAGCUUUGUCACAUCUGGUAAAUGUGUAUUUUAACCCAAACCACAAUCCUUUUCUAAACCUAUCCAAGUUGUUUUGGUGCCCAAAUCUGACAAAAAAUGCAGCGAGUGAAAAUGAAAAUCAAAACAACAAUCAACAAAAAGUCAAAAAAAUCUCCUGAAUGAAAGUCUGACUUCCACCUCCUGUCUUUUCUCUAGUCUAAGUGUAAAUUUUUGUCCCUAUUUGUAAGACCUAAAUUGUGCCUACACCUCCAUCAAAUCAGGAUUUGCAGAACACUAUUGAAUGGGAUGGUGACAGCUACUGAGCUACUGAAAGGUGGUGGGGUUCCUGCUUGUCCAUGUAUUUGGGAAUGAGGUAUCUUUGUAACGCUGUUGAACGUAUGAUGACAUCCAAAUAAGGUGGUGAAGACAUUGGAGUCAUUGAGAAAUAGUCAAAAAACAGCUGAAGAGAGCGAGGGAUCUAUAUAUAUAUAUAUAUAUAUAUAUAUACUGUAGGAAGCAGUAUGCCCUUUAUGAAAUGAGACAAGAAGUAAAGGGUAGGUUUGGUCGGUCGAAGGCUUUAUUGCAGGCAAUGCCCUUAACCCCUAACCCUAACCAUUUACAGAAUCUGAACGAUAUUUGUCUCUUUACUAAGUAUUCUCUAACUUUGAGCAAGUGUUUAAAUCCUUCAGCCCUAACAAUUUAUUAAUUAUAGUUUCCUUUUUUACUUAGAUUACAUGAUAAAAACUAAACUUUCUCCAUGACAGAUGAACAAAUUCCAGCAGAUAAUGACUGUAAGCUAUAGCUGGAUGCUUUGGAAUAAACAGUCAAAAAGCCUACCAUUCUGAAAUCACAGGUUUGUGGUUCUGGUUUACCGUGGACAGGUUGUGUCUAUGUUGUACCGUGCAUUUGUUCCUUCCAUUUCCACAUUUAUUCCUGAUGUCUUUAGCCAGCUGUUGUCAGUCAGAGCCAGUCUUUGUAUAGCUGUACUGAGCAGAAGUAAGCACAAGACUAAAUGUCAGUUCAGUCUCUUCUUCUUGUUGGUGUCUGGUGGUAACUCAAGUCCUUCGGUGUCAAUGCUGUUACUGGUAAUUGUUACCGUUUGCCUUCACUACAUUUAUUUCUUACCAAUGUCUUUAAAGGGGGCACAGAUGUUUCAAACGUGGGCAGACAGUAUCAUCUCAGGCCCUGUUCACAGCUGACAUCAGCAUGUCUCCUCUGUGAUCCCAUCAUGUGUGGACAGUUUUAGGUACAGGAGUGAAUGCACUCAAGAAAUAUAGAGGUACAUCGAGAUCAGAUUACUUGACCAUUAUCCAGAAGUGGUCUGAACCACAGAUGGCAAAAUAAUUUUCGCAGCGUGUCCUCGGCCACAUUGAAGGACCGCCUACUCAACGGAUGUCCUCUGCACCAACGCCAUUCUAUUAAAGUGCAACAAGAAGUCCACACUGAUAUGUUACAAGUACACUAUGUCAGACAUCUUUGCUAUUUGUUUGCCUGGAACAUACUAAUAAAUAGACUCAGUCUGUAUUGUUUUUACAUCCAGCUGUCUUUCUGUGGUUAAAAACAACAAAGCAUUUGUUUUUUGCAAACUGAAAUGAUGUAUGAUGCCUCUGCAUAUAGAGCGGGGAAAUGAGAUCCAAUCAGAAAUGGUCACUUAAGAUGCAUUCUAAUGCCAAAUGUGGACUGAUGUACUUGGAGCCACCCACAUGUUAGCAGAUCACCCAAGACGCAUGCUAAUGUCAGGUGUGAGCAGAGCCUCAGUCAUGACAGAUCAUAUUAAACAACCUAAUUCAAGUCACGGUGGCAAUGCAUGCAUCAUUUCCCUUUAAUAACAAUGUGUACGAUAAUGUUCCCAGCAGAUUCUGAAGAGAAAAUUGAUGCUGUCUUUUUGUAAAUGGCUUCUUUCUCAUCAGAGCCACUGGAGCUCACUAAAACCUAGGACCAGAGAAUGCCAAUAAAAGCCAGAUCGAAAGACAAGAUUAAUAUGUAAAGGUUCAGGAAAUGACAUUUUUCCACAAAAAACCCCAUAAUUUAUUAAAUUUAAAUAACAACCAAGUGAACAUAUAAUUAAUCACACUGGAUUCUGGGUGUUGCUGACAUCUUGUGAAUUUUCUUUUCAGUUCAUGUUCUGUUUGUCACAGAAUUUGUACAAUAAUGGUUGUUAGAGUAACGUCUUGAGGGAUAUGCAAUGAGAAUACAUGGGUAGAGAACACUAGAAUCACAUGUAAAUAGGAACGUUGAUGUUUUGUGAAAUACUUGAAAUCCCUUUAAUUAGUUGUUCUUGAAUGUGCUACACCCCUUCGCCUUGUAUCAUAGAGGCAACCUCAUACUCCUCAUGACAGGAUCAGGAUAGUUUAUAAAAAUGCAUGUACAACGUAAUGAAGCACAGUGUAGCCAAGGACCUGAGAGUAUUUCUAAGUGCCUGAAUACUUCUCUCAGCAUUUUAUUUUUUUAUUUUAGUUCUUUUUCCACCUCUGCUCUUUUUUCUGAACUCUCCUACUUUAGGAUUCUCACUGUUUAGUGGAUUUGUUGUUUGUUGUGUGUGAUAGAAUAACUCACACAGUGUUAGCACUGACUAUCAUGGUUGUGUUGUAAUGGCAUGACAUACAGAAAAUGAAAUAAAGGAGGUGUUUAUGAUACUUAA